AGUCUUCUGCCUAGCUGGUGUCAAGUUCCAGUUGGAGAACUGAGAGAGUCUUCCUGUGGAGUCAAGGUCUAAUUCCUCUGGACAAACGCCGAAAUGUCUCAACAGGGCGCCAAAGGCUUUUCCAAAGGGUCUUCCCAGAGUUCCGCCCCUUGCCCCGCCCCUACUCCUGCUCCCGCGUCCUCCUCAUCCUGCUGUGACGGUGGCUGCUGUAGAGGCUGCGGGGGUGGCUGCAGUGGUGACUCUGGCUGCUGUGGCUCCAGUUCCACCGGCUGCUGCUGCUUUCCCAGGAGACGCCGCCGGCAGCGCACUAGCGGCUGCGGCUGCUGCGGAGGAAGCCAAAGGUCUCAACGCUCCUGCAACAAUCAGAGCUCAGGCUGCUGCUCCGGUGGCUGCUGAGAGCCCACAGAGCUGCUCCGAAACAGCUGGAAUCGCACAGCCUCCUCUCUGCUGCUCUCACCCAGUCCUCCAUAGUAGUAACAGGCAGGACCGGCCUAGGAAUUUGGUUCCCCUUAAGCUAACUGCACUUUGAUGUUCAGAAACCUCAUCCUGUUCUUAGAUCUGUCCUCUAACGUUGAUUUUCCUCCCAGGGAAUACAAGUCAGGGGUGGGAUCUCUGACUAUGCUAUGGGUAGGAGGUUGUGCACAACAGUGUUCAAAACAGGCCUACUGAUUUGAUUGUCGCCUGGAGACACCAUAAUAAAGCUUCUACCUCCUA